AGUGAUGUCACAAGGCUGGAUGACAGCAGUAGUUUUCAGCCCACCAUAGAGUCUCAGCUUGUCCAAAGGAUACAAACACUGUUACAGUUGCUCUUCAGUCUUCAGGCAGUGAUAUCUCAGCAGGACAGCUACAUUGAGGUGCAACGAGCCACCAUGGUGGACCGGGAGAAGCAAUACCGGCUGCAGUCGACACGAGGCAACCUGCUGCUGGAGCAGGAGAAGCAGCGGAACUUCGAGAAGCAGAGGGAAGAGCUGAUGAACGUCCAGAAGCUGCAGAGCCAGCUGAAGCUGGAGCAGCAGCGCCUGGAGCGGGAGAGGAGCCGGCAGCAGAGGGAAUUCGAGAGCACGGAGGCGCGGCUGCAGGAGCGCGAAGAGGAGACGCGGCAGCUGAGGGAGAAGCUGACCCAGGAGAGGGAGGAACUGGAGAGGCAGAGGGAGGCCUAUCAGCAUGACCUGGAGAGACUGCGGGAGGCCCAGAGGGCAGUCGAGAAGGAGAAGGAGCGUCUGGAUCAGCUGAGGAAGCUGAAGAAGCAGAACACAGUGUCGGGCACCUUCUCCCCGGAAAUGGCACAGAGCCAGCUGCUAAGUCAUUCUGUCAGCUUCAAUGGCGAGGGGCUGGAGCCUUCCCUGCCCACCCUGAAGACCUCGGUGCGAGUGAGCGUCUCGGGGCUGGACUACCUGGAGCGGCCGGACUUGGUUCGCAGGGACAGUGCCAGCCUGGAGAGUCGCCCGGCCCUUGCCCUGAAGAAUGAAGUGCCAAUACACCUCCUGAGCGCCACCAACCAGAUCCAGAAACCAGCUGCAGUCCAGCAGCAGAUUCCCACCAAGCUGGCAACUUUUACAAAAGGAAGCAAAGACAAAAGUGGGAAGAACAAAGCCUCGCACAGGACGGACAGUUCAGCCUCUGUUGACCAGAAGCAGCUGCUGCCCCCCAGGCUUGUGGGGCGAGAGGAGGGGGUGCUGAGGGGCAGGCGGUCCGCGAGUCCCGUCCUCCCAGGCAGCCAGACCACUGCAUUCCAGCCAGAAUUUUAUGGCCCAGCAGAUGCUCAGCCAGAAGCACCUUCAUCUGCCUCAGCGAACCUAUUCAAGCCCAAUAACGUUCCCACUCAGCCCCUGGUGCCCUCUCAGCCAAGUCUGUUAAAUGUCCAGGAUGAUACCAGCAAAGAAGAUGUAAUUUUCUUCUAA